UCGUUCGUUACGUUUGGUGUAAAUUCAAAAAACGAGCUAAAAUUUGAUGCAAAUAGUUGAAAUUCAACUGUUGAAUACAAAUUGAAAAGUGUUCACAUCGCUUUAAUUUUAUUCAUCUAAAAAUGAAUCAAAGUAUAAUUUCAACUUUUCUCCUCUUCGUGUUAAUCGCACCUAUAUUUGGGCAAAUGUUUUAUCCGAAACAUAAAAUGACUAAAAAGUAUUUCAUUAUAACAUUGAAAACGGUUACAUGGCACGAGGCAUUUUAUCACUGUCGUUCCAUUGAUAUGAAUUUGGUAAGCAUUUCAUCAAAAGCAGAAAAUGAUCAAAUUAAACAGCAAAUUAUUGAUGAAGGACACAUAGAAUUCGGACAAUUUUGGACAUCAGGAACAAAAUUGCCCGAUAAUUCGUAUAAAUGGUUGGGCAUCGGUAAACGAGUAGGAUUUAGUGAUUGGUUUUCAGGCAAACCAGACAAUUUUAAUGAAAAUGAUGUGAAUUGUAUCCAAAUUCUUGAAAAGGGCAAAGGUUGGAAUAAUGCUCCGUGCAAUCUUAAGCAGCAUAUUAUUUGUGAACAAGAAUUAAUUGAAUACGAAUAUUGUAAUCAUUAA